AUGGUAUGCUGAAUCAAUAGUAUAUAUUUAGGAAAAUCUGGCUGUGGCCCAAACAUAUUUUCCUCCAUAAACAACAUUUGUUUCAAUAUAUGACCAAUAGAUUUCAUCACCUUUUUAAAAGUCUUUACUUGUAUAAGAUUCUAAAACAAAAGAAGACUUUAUAUUAUUAGGAACUGUAAAAUCAUAGAAUUGUUAUAUAAAAUAUUUUGAGUCUAAUAUUAUUGGAUUAUGUUUACAUUUAGUCACUUAAUCAUAUUUGAUGCAAAUAUUAUUCUAAAGUAUUGAAGUUUUUGGACAUAAUCUUACACAGUUUCCUUCAGAUACUAUUUUAUACCCAGUCACACAUUAUGAACAAGUAUAAUCUUACUCACAUUUUAAACAAUAAGGUGGACAGUGUGCACUACUCAUUAAAAUGUAAGGCAAAAACCAUCCAGAAUUACCAGAUCUAAAUUUAAAUAAAUAAUCUUUACGUAAAGUUUCCUUUAAUUGAAAAAGUGAAGCCUCCUUAUUCUACAUAAAGAUUAGUGUAUAAUUAUAUAUAUUUUGCAGUUUAGCAACCACUUAAUACUGUGUUAGAUGUAUAAUAAACAUUAAGGUUAUUCCCAAUAUAUUAUGUUCCAUCAUAGUAUAUUGAAGAAUAGUAGGUAUCAUUUAAAUAUAUAGAAAUUCCUGAAUUUAUUGGAGUUGCAUUACACAUAUAAAUAUACAAAUACACUCCUAAUGGAUAUACAAAAUAUGUAGUAUUAACUAUAGUGCUUGCUCCUUCAUAAUAUUUAAAAAUUCCAAAAAAUGGGGAGUUUUUUUUAUUUUCAUGA